AAGCCAUUCGUAAGUAGAAAUAAAACGUAAACUCGUAAAGUAGCAACCUCGUGAUAUAAAAUGAGAAAGAAGAGGAACGUGAAAUCAAACGAUUAAAUUACAGCCCCAUACUGUGGUACAGUACCAAAUCUCGAAAUGGAGCAACCUCUUAUAAUUUCAUUAAUUGCAGGUGGCUUGGCUGGAUUAACUGUAGAUAUAACAUUAUUUCCCCUCGAUACUCUGAAGACAAGACUUCAGAGUGCUAAUGGAUUUUGGAGAAGUGGUGGGUUUCGUCAUGUGUAUAAAGGUUUGGGACCAACAAUGAUUGGUUCCGCACCAACAGCUUCAUUGUUUUUUGGUACCUACAAUACAGUCAAAUCAAUUUGUAGGCCGUAUGCCAGUGAAGCUUAUUAUCCAUUGGUACAUAUGGGUGCUGCAUCAGUUGCAGAAGUGGUCUCUUGCCUUGUUAAAGUGCCAACUGAAAUUUUCAAGCAACGACAACAAGCUUCUAUGCAAAAUUCAUCCUUGUUGUCCAUGUGGCGCCACAUCUAUGCCAAGGAAGGCUUUAUGGGAUUCUACAGAGGCUUUGCUAGUACAGUUGUCCGGGAGAUCCCAUUCUCCGUUGUGCAGUUCCCUAUCUGGGAAUUUUUUAAGCUGAGCCUCAGAGAAAUAAAGGGUGAUGAACUUAACCCUGCAGAAAAGGCACUCUGUGGAGCAUUUGCAGGUUGCAUUGCUGCUGCAGUAACUACUCCACUUGAUGUAGCGAAAACCAGAAUUAUGCUGGCAGACAAAGAACUUCAAGUUCCAGAGGACUACAAGAAACUGAAAAUAUCAAGAGUAUUAAGAAAUGUGUAUUCUGAAAGAGGAUUUAAAGGGUUAUUUGCUGGAUUUCUGCCCAGAAUCACAUGGAUAACACUUGGUGGUGCUGUAUUCUUUGGCAGUUAUGAAGUUGCAGUUGAUAUUUCCUCUUAUAUGUUGAAACAAAUUGAGGUUAUAGAUUGAGUAGUGUGUGUGUGUGUUAAUAGUUUGUAUAACAUGCAGAAGUGAUGUGCUCUGAGGAGCUUUAAAGUGCCAAAGAAGCCUAGCUGGAACUUGUGGGGAGCUGCAGGCCCAUUUUCGUUAAUUGCUGAGACAGUGCAACUACCUUGACAAGAUCACUUGAAUAUGUAUUAAAGAAUGGGCCAUUGCACAUGCACUCAUCAGAGAGGAUUUCCACACUGUGCACUUCUUUAUUAUCGGGUCAUACUUCAGUUGUGAGCAGUAUUGCUGAAGUGAUUAUGGAUAUAUGAAAAAUAUACACUACAUUCACUGCACAGCAGGAGUUUGGAUUGCAGCAAUAUGCAGAUAACAAAGAAUUCUGAACAUCUGGAACCAGGGACUUUUUCUUUAGGAGCUACAUGGAAAAAAGAAAUGGCAACGCAUGCUGCUGAAGAAAGUUUUUCACAUACAACGCCAUAAAAUGUUCAGCUCCAAAAGCUUUAUGUUUGCUAAUUCUGCAUCGCAAUAAAAAUAAAUAAAAUUA